UCAAUGUUAUCUCGGGGACCGCGCCCUUACGCUACUAUAGCAUGUAUUAACUGUCGAAAAAAUCAUAAAAAAUGUUCGGGAGCAGUUACGUGUACGAACUGUGCAAAAUACAAUCUUAAAUGUAUUUUUAUUAACUCGGGCAAAAAACGUGGACCAAAACCCAAGUAUAAGAUGUGCAUCGAUCCACAUAAUCCGUAUGCACGUGAUCAUAGACGACCAUAUUAUGGAAUGCAGUUCUCUACAGACUUAAUGCAGGCUUACUCACAUGAACAAGAUGUUCAUCUCACAUUAUCAGAAUAUUUUAAUAAUUUAAAUCAAGAACCCAGAACGUCACA